GAGCCGCGAGCGAGUGGAAGAUGGCGGAGGCUCGUCGGGUGGAUCCGCCGGAGGAGCGGGAGAGGGGCUCCACGGUGCCGCGGCCCCCGAGCGCGCGCGACUUGCAGUUGGCCUUGGCAGAAUUAUAUGAAGACGAGGUGAAAUGCAAGUCUUCCAAGCCCGACAGGCCUACAACGACAGCCUUUCAGAGCCCACAGACUCCGCCGCGUCGGAUUUAUUCAGGUGAGCAGGAAUAUGGUGGAUUACAUAUAGUUCAGCCUCCAACUGGGAAAAUCGUGAACGAACUUUUCAAAGAGGCGAGGGAACAUGGGGCUGUCCCUCUAAAUGAAGCCACGAGAUCCUCGAGUGAUGACAAACCUAAGUCAUUUACAGGUGGAGGAUACAGAUUGGGCAACUCCUUCUGUAAGCGUUCAGAGUAUGUCUAUGAAGAAAAUCAGCUGCAAGAUGUUCAGAUCUUACUGAAGUUGUGGAGCAAUGGUUUCAGUUUAGAUGAUGGUGAAUUGAGACCUUACAACGACCCAACAAAUGCUCAGUUUUUGGAAUCUGUCAAGAGAGGAGAGAUCCCCCUGGAGCUUCAGCGACUGGUCCAUGGCAGCCAAGUGAACCUGGAUAUGGAGGAUCAUCAAGAUCAAGAGUACAUAAAACCCAGAUUGCGGUUCAAGGCGUUUAGUGGAGAAGGGCAAAAGCUUGGAAGCCUUACACCUGAAAUAGUCAGUACUCCUUCCUCCCCAGAAGAAGAGGAUAAAUCAAUACUUAAUGCAGCUGUUCUUAUUGAUGAUUCAGUGCCCACCACAAAAAUCCAGAUCCGUUUAGCAGAUGGAAGUCGCCUGAUACAGAGGUUCAACAGCACACACCGGGUUCUGGAUGUACGAGACUUUAUAGUACAGUCACGUCCUGAAUUUGCAACUACUGACUUUAUUCUUGUGACUUCGUUUCCAAGUAAGGAGCUAACGGAUGAAAGCCUGACACUACAAGAAGCGGAUAUUCUUAACACUGUGAUACUCCAGCAGAUAAAAUAGUAUCGCUCCAGUCUGUGUAGGAGCAUGUAGGAACAGGUAAUGUCAUGCAGAUUAGUAAAAUACUUCCAGCAUAAAACGGCCAAAUUAUUUUUAUGAUUCAGAUAAAUUCUGGUUUUGCUGCCGUUCUAUCUUCCAGUCUUUGUCAAGAUAAAGUUAGACUAAAGAUAGAGCUUAAUAUUUGAAUUUUUAACUGUAGGGCUGGCUUAUAUUGAUAGCUUCUAAACGUCUAGCUCAAUCAACUUACUACUAGCUCAGUGUUAAUUUAAUGACAUUUUUAGAUGAACAGAAUCCCUUUUUGGCAAAUGUAUUUGGUAAAAUUUGCACUCAAGUUUCUUAAUUCAGCAAUGACCAGUAGCCAGUAAGGAUCCUUUUUCUGUAAUAUUUGCCAGAGUAUCUGCUGUGAGUUUGAAAUUGUUUGAUCAUACAAUAAUGAAGGUUUUGCAUAUUCUUUUUACAUAUUGUUUGAACUAUGUUUUAGUAACACAGAAUGUAUUUUGGCCUUGUAUUUUAUAGAAUUACAGCUGCCAUAAACUAAAUUUUAAUACAUGUGAGAGUCAUCAGCUCUUGAAGACAUGAUAAACAGCACUUUAAAAUCAAGAAAUUAUAGUCCCUUCCAGAGCCUGCCUUGAUCACUUUCAUUCACUCAUUCAACAUUUUUAUAGGGAAUAUAUUACACAAAUGUGUAAUAUGCAACACAGAAUAUAUUCUUCAGUGUAUGAAGUAUGAACUCAGUCUGAGAGACUGGAGUAAAAAUUACCAGCAAGACUUGUGUUUUUCCUGUGUUAGGCAUUGCUUGAAUGGCCUGCUCAGUGUGAGGAGUAACAGAAAGAUUGUUUUCCUCCAGGCACCAUUCUGUCCUUAGUCACCAUUUCUGUGUAGUUUUCUGUUGUUGACAUAAGAAAAUGCAGAAUUUAUGACUGAAAUUGCACAGAUUUACUAUCUUAAAGGUGUGUGUAGGUUCGAGCUUCUCUGAGCUAGCAUCAAGGUGUUGGCAGGACUGCAUGGAGGCUCUGAGACUCAUUCCCUGGCUGCUGAGCUCCAGAGGCCCCUGUGUUCUUGCCCAUCUGACAUGGUGCUCUCCUCCAUCUACAGCCAGUGCUUGGAUCUUUCUCACCCUUCUGUAAUUCAUGUUCUUGACAAUGUUCUCUGCUUUUGAGGAUGUAUAAGAGGAGAUGUGAUGCUCAGGGGAAUCCAUGAUCAUUGUCAAAGUUAACUUUUAUAGUAACUAAAAAUUAUUCAGACUUGCUCUUUUAUAUUUCCGUUACAUCUUCAUGGAGUUGGGGGAAUUGAUAAGGUUUUUUUUUUGCCACCUACCAAACCAACUUACCCCUUCCAGAGGUGCUCAGAUAUUCCAACCUAACACAUUGUGUCUGAGUCCAAAACCUUAGCUGGAUUUCAUUGAUUGAAAGUCCCAGAUCUCAUUAAGAUUAUCUAAAUUAAGUAGAGAUUUCCUCUCUACCUAUGACACUAAAAGUGAGUUAUCUUCUUGUAGGUAAAUGUCAGGACAACUAUAAAAUAAACAUUGGCGUGUAAAAAGUCAGGAAACAGUGAAAAGUGGAGCCUCCAGUACCAAGGAGCAUACAAAUUCAGCCAGACAUUCCAUUCACCUUCUAAGGCCGAAGGUUAAUGUGUGACUUUGAGAACUUAAAAUUUUAACUUUUGACUGUCUUGGUCAUCCUCCUUUCACAGAAGCCACACAGCUUCUUUCUUCUUUUCCAUAUUAUGUUACUAUGUACCUUUCGUUUUAAAAUAGCAAAGGGCUGUCAAGAAACUUAAGGGUCUCUUGUCUGUCAUGAAGAUCAGCUCUAUUAAACAGAAAGCUCUUCCAAGCAUCUUUAUCCAUAACAGAAAUAAUCCCAUCUCUAAUUCUUUUUCAGAGAAAACAGAAUGGUGUCAUAUAUCCAUAAUCUCCUCAGAGAGCCUUUUGUAUGAGCAUGCAAACUUUUUUGUUAGAUAUGCCUGUGCCUGUGUGUGUUUGGGAGAUGCCUGAAGUUGAUGUUGGAAAUCCUAAGUCUCUCUCCACCUUAUUCAGACAGGGUAUCCCAGUUAAACCCAGAGCUCACUACUGCAGCUAGUCUGGGUAGCCUGCCCUGUGGGAAUUCAUUAUCUCCAUCUUUUGAAUGCUGGAAUUUCAGGCACCCAUCCUACUCAACCAUCAUGGUGAACUCUUUGGCUACUGAGCCAUUUUCCCAGUUCUUCAGACUUUUAUUCUCUCUCUCUCAUAUUCUCUAAAAGUUAUACAGCCACACCUUCUGUUUCUUUCUAUAACUCAGGUUUUCCUGACAAGUGUUAACAUUUUUUAAAAUAGCUAUUUUAAGUGUUAGUUGUCAUUUAGGUAGAGUAAGUAUUUCACUAAGCCCUAGUUUCUUUUUAUAUUUUUAUGUAUCCCUUCUUCAGUGUUUCUAUCUUACUAUCAAAUUCUACUAUAACCAGCAAGAAAAAAAAAAAACCAGGUUAAAGUUUACUUAAAUUUCAGCGUAGUGUUAAGCUCAUCAUAUACAAAUUCUGCUUUGCACAUUGCAUACCUUCAGUUUUCCAGUAGUGGAUUCCUCAUUUCUGAGGCCUCAGCAGCAGUGUCUUUAAUGUCAUCACUUUUUUUUUCCAGUGGCAAAAACUUUUCCUUAUGUAAGUAGCAUUAAAAUUGAAAAAAAUAUAUAAAUUUGAACUAAAUAUUAUGUUUAAUAUUCAAGCAUAAAUACAUAAUAUCAAAUAGUUCUACAUUGAAAGCAGAGCAUAAUAAAUUUUAAUAUUAUUUUAAAAUACAUUUUCUAUUACCAUUAUACAGUUGUAUAAGUUGAACAUUUCUUACUUGAAAUCAACAAUCUAAAAUGUUCCAGUAUCCAAAACCAGUGUAAGCAUGUUGCUUCAACAAAAAAUGCAUACCGUGACAGUCGUUUUCCCAGGGGGUUUCAUCACCGCAGCAGAACAAAACGAAGGACAUAGGUCGUAGAAGUAUUUCAUUGUUUCAGUUUCUUGGGAUUUUCUACGCAAAUCAUGUCUUUCCUUCAAAACUAGUGAAGAUUGCUCCAUAUUGAAGUGGUGAAUUAUUUGCCUAAUCCCCUGAGGCCCCUUUCCCCUGUACUUAGGGGUCCCUGUUCAGUAACAGUUUUCCUAGACAGCUAACUUUGUUUAUUGAGGAAAAAGCGACUGAGCUAGAGUUGUAUCUUUUUAAGUUCACUGGAGGAAGAUUUUCUUCAUUUUAAUUGUCAUCCUCAUAUUUUUUCUCAUCAUCUUGGGGUUCGUGAACAGCCACACAAACUACUCAGAUACUGGUCUCAGUAACAUAUGUAUGUUUUGUUGAAUGCACACCCCAAGACUGAUCAAUCAAGGAUGCAGCUGGACUCAAGAGUCAAGACUGCCACCCUGGGCAGUUCUUUGGAACCAACCAUAAACAGGUACAUUUACAGCAUUUGGCUAUCCACACAAAGCAGUGCUCUCUGACCUUUAAUUGGCUAGGUCUAACAUCAUAGUUGUCUAGGGAGUUUCCAAGACCUGAGGGCCUUAUGAUGGGGAGCUUCCAAACUAAAGAAAUUGUUUUGAUUAGGGCAAGGAACAUUAGGUCAAAUUAAGGUUAUGACCUAACAUGGUGGAACUCCUGUCAUGCUUAAGCCUAACAUUUCCCCUUGAAUUGUGUAGGGAGACAAAUCAUUGACUCCAGACUGUCCUCUGCAAGCCAGGGCUCAUACUGGUCUUAAGGACCAUAUGUUAAACAGAUACCCUUUUCUUUAUAAAGGAGACCAAGGCAUUAAUUACACAAGACCCAAGGGUCAACAAUAGGAGUGAGCAUGGGGGACCUACCAGAGCUAUGAUAAGCGAAGGUUAACCAGGAGAUGUAUUGAAAAACAGUUUCAUACCACCUUGUUGAUUGCUUUCUCUGCUGUUCCUUAUCAGGAGGGUGGGUGGUGGUGGUGUUCUUGUUUGUUUUUUGUUUUUUGUUUUUUUUUUUUACUUCAGCAAUGGGGUUUCUGAUCAGAGUGAUUAGCAUAGAGCAUUGUUCUCAAAGGACCAUAUACUCUUCCUUCAAGAACAGAUCUAGGGCCCUUUCAUUCUAUAGACCUACUAAGGAAUCUACUUGAUUUUUCUAGGAAGGAAGUGGUUGAGUGAAGCUGGCUAAAUCUUUUUUUUUUUGUAAUUUAUUAUUAUUACUAUUUUUAUUUACUUUACAUCCAGAUUGCAGCCCUCUUCCUCUCCUAGACCUAUCUUCCCUUCCUAUUCCCCCUAUCCUCUCCUACUCUGAGAAAAGGGAAUCCCCCCCCAACAACCCACACCCAGCAUAUGAAGUUGCAUCAGGACUGAGCACAGCCUCUUCCUCUGUGUCCUAGCAAGGCAGCCCAGCCAGGGUAAAGUGAUUGAAAAGCAGGCCGUAGAAUCCAUGUCAGAGACAGCCCUUACUUCCUCGUAUUAGGGGACCCACAUGAAGACCAAGCUGCCCUUUGGCUUUAUCUGUAUAGGGGGUCUAGGUCCAGUCCAUAUAUGGUCCUUAGUUGAUUUGUUGCCACAAGCCUCUCUGGGCUCGGGGUAGUUGGUUCUGUUGGUCUUCUUAUGACGUUCCUGUCCCGUCUGGGUCCUCAUAUCCUUCCCCUCACUCUUCAAGAUGCCUACACACUGCCCAAUGUUUAGCUGUGAGCCUUAACUGUUUUCCUCUGCUGCUGAGAAGAGCCUCUCAGAGAACAUCUGAAAGCAUAGCAGAGUAUCAUUAAUAGUGUCAGAGCUUAGCUGUGUACCAUGGGUGGGUCUCAGAUUGGGCUAGGCAUUAAUUGGCUAUUCCCUCAAUUUCUGCUUUAUUUUUAUGUCUGCACAUGUUGUAGGCAGGGAAAUUUUGGUUCAAAGGAUGUUGUUCCUCUCCCUCCACUAGGAGUCUGUAUUUAGAGGGUGCCCUCUUAAGUCUCCAUGACCCCUGCUACUGGUAGUCUCGGCUAGAGUCACCUCCAUAUCCUCCUCGGAGCCUACCCUGUCGUAGGUCUCCAGCUUCUUACAGAGAUGCCCCCACUAAUGGUGUCUCUUCUCUCUGCAAGCUCUUUGUGCUACUCUCUGCUCUCCCCAUGUCUGUUCUCUACCGUCGUUUCUCUCCAAGUUCCUUCUCUUACCCUGUUCCCUCUCUUCAGCCACUUCCACUAUCUUGCAUUUUCUCUUUUGAGUGGGUUUUAAGCAUCUUCCCUUAGGUCUUCCUCAUUAUUCUUCAUCUUUGGGUCUAUGAGUUGUUGUAUGGGUUAUCCUGUACUAGAUGUCUAAAGUCCACUUAGAAGUGAGUAUAUACCAUUUGUGUCUUUCUGGGUCUGGGUUACCUCAGUCAGGAUGAUAUUCUCUAGUUCCAUCUAUUUGCCUGCAAAUUUCAUGAUUUCCUUUUUUUUAUGAGCUGAAUCGUAUUCCAUUGUAUAAAUAUAUGGCAAGUUUCUUUAUUCAUUCUUGGUUGAGGGACAUCUGGGUUGUUUCCAACUUCUGGCUAUUACAAGUAAAGCUGCUAAGAACAUAGUUGACCAGAUGACCUUGUUGUGUGGUGGAGUAUCAUUUGGGUAUAUGCCCAAGAGUGGUAUAGCUUGGUCUUGAGGUAAUGCUAUUCCCAGUUUUCUGAGAAAUUUGAUUUCCAGAGUGGCUGUACAAGUUCACACUCCCAAGAGCAAAGGAGGAGGGUUUUCAUUGCUCCACAUCCUCUCCACCAUGUGCUGUCACUUGAGUUUUUGAUCUUAGCCGUUCUGAUAGGUGUAAGAUGGAAUCUCAUUUGCAUUUACCUGAUGACUAAGGUCAUUGAGCAUUUCUUUUAAGUACUUCUUGCCAUUCAGUAUUCCUCUUUUGAGAAUUCUGUUUAGCUCUGCACCCCAUGUUUAACUGGAUUAUUUUGUUUGUUCGUGUUUAACUUCUUAAGUUUUUUAUAUAUUUUGCAUAAUAGCCCUUUGUCGGGAUGUAGGGUUGAUGAAGAUCUUUUCCCCACCUCUAGGUUGUCGUUUUGUUCUAUUGACAGUGUCUUUUGUCUUGCAGAAGCUUUUUAGUUUCAUGUGGUUCCAUUUAUUAAUUGUUGAAUUGAGAGCCUGUGCUGUUGGUGUUCUGAUCAGGAAGUUGUUUCAUGUGCCAGUGAGUUUCAGGGUUUUCCUUUCUCUAAUUGAGUGUUUCUGGUUUUAUGUUGAAGUCUCUGAUCUACUUGGACUUGAAUUUUGUUCAGGGUGAUAAAUAUGGAUCUAUUUGUAUUUUUUUACAGCCAAUUAGACCACCACCAUUUUUUGAAGAUGCUUUAUUUUUUCCAUUGUAUGGUCUUGUCUCCUUUGUCAAGUGUCCUUAGGUGUGUGGAUUUAUUUCUGGGUUGUCUGUUCGAUUCCAUUGAUCUACCAAUCUGUUUCUGUGGCUGGGCUAAAUCUAUCAACCUGUUCACUGAGGAAUUUACAUUGCUCAUACUCUGUAAUUAGGGAUGCUGUGCCAAGUACAGCAGAGCCAGCUACCCUUAAUCCUACUAGAAUGGGUUUCAGAAUAGGGGCUGCAGUUUUUGUUUAAGAUCCAUGUCGAUGCAUUUCACUCUGCUUUUAUAAUAGGAAACCUGAGUUAGGACAUGUACUAAUAUGCUUAAUUCAGCUUCUUGCUCAAUAAAAUGGCUGACAGACAAAGAGUAAGCCCUGAGGUAUAGGCAAGCCAAAACACUCUGGUUGCAGCCAGGAGGUUUUCUUUUAGUCCAAUGGCUUGUAUUAAAUGUACACCAGGAUUAUGACACAUUUGAGAGUAAGUUGAUGUGCUUAGGGGGGAUACUCAUGACCUAAAACAAGUUCCAUUUCCCCAUAUGUCCCCUAAAUCAAGGGGAAUGUCCCAUGGGUAAAAGGUAGUAUCGUAGGGGAGAACCAAAUUAAGGUUUUGAAAAGGUUUGGAAACUGUCACGGCUAUACCUAUAGAGUAGUGAGGUUUGGACCUUAAACAGACGCAGCAGUCUCUGUCAUGCAGGGGUGGGUAUUUAGAAACUUAAAAGCAGCUAUAACAGCUUCGAUCAAGGGGGACCCAUGAAAUGGAUGGGGGAUAGUGGAGUCCCGAAAAGGGGGCUAUGGAGGGCAAGUUUGGAGGUGUGGUCUCCAGCCCAGAGGGGUCAGUAGGGACCUGGUUGGGGAGGAACCUCAUGGACUCCUGCUAGAGGUUCAAUGGGCCUAAAUGGUAUAGCUUAGCUCACCUUUUAAUAGUGAACAUGAUUCCUGGGUCCCAGCCCAUACAGUAUGCUCUGAGUCCCCAUGUCCUCCCAGUGUCCCUAGUCAGUAUAGGAGGAAGCAGUUCUCAUCUCUCAAAGGUGAUGACCAUUUUACAAAUGCAGGGCACCUUACAGCUAAGGUUUUGUUCAGUUUUAUUUCUAAGUAUUCAUCAGGUUUCCAGCCCUUUGCCCAAGUAACACAAGGCCUAUAGAGGCAAUAAAACUCUUCAUCCUGGCAGUAGACCAUCUCAGCUCCUUCAGCUGGGCAAGCAUAAUAUUGGUAUCUUCCUAUGAGCUUUUCCUCCUCAGUGUGUUUGGGCUGGCACCUUCCCAAGACUUGGCCAUAAAUGGCAGAGAUCUACCUUGAACUGGGGAGGCUCAGCAACAAUUCUACCCAUCCAAGUAUCUGAUAGUUUCCAUAACCAUGUCCUUGGCCUAUAGUUUGCUGGUUUCCUGAGUCCUAUGCUUUGGCAAGGUACCAGAUUUAGUAGGUAAGAAGUAUCAGAGGGAGCCUUCGGCCACCAGUCGUACCUUUAGUGGAUCUUCCAGGUGCUGUCUGUCGGUACAUUGUCAGUCUGGGUCCUGACUGGGAAUGACUGACUGGGUCAGUCUGGGAAGCAGACUUCAAAUGGGAAUGGUAGAUCCAAGCUCAGAUUCUUUCAACUUUUACAGCCAUAGGUGUGGUCAGGAUCAUGGUGUAAGGUCCCUUCUUUCCAGUGAGAGGCUAAAGAUUCUCUGUUGUCUCUUGAUCCGGACCAGGUUACCAGGCUGUAAUCUGUGGGAGUGGACCAGUGGCAGUUCAUACAAAUGUCAAACAUAGGUUCAUACAAAUGUCAAACUCCACUCUGGACCCUCUGGAGUGUCUGGAUUGACUUAAGAAUAGCAUGAUUAGAAUUGUCUGCUCUAGUAUUUGGGAAGAUUGGGGGAGGUCUCCCAAGUGUUAUCUCACAAGGGAUCGUUCUCUCAAUUUAGGGAGUUUUUCUACCCCCCAGUGUAUAAGGAUAAAGGGAGGGACACCUUCCUUCAUUGCCAGUUUCCAGGGUUAAUUUGGUAAGGUCUCCUUUAGGCCCAAUUCAUCCUUUGUGCCUGUCCUGAGCUUUGAGGAUGGUAUGCACACUGUAACUUCCAAUUAUCCCCAACAUUCACACUAAGGCCUGACUAACCUGGAAGACAAAGGCUGGACUAUUGUCCAAUCCCAGAGCUGUUGGCUGUCUCUCUCUAGGUAGGGAAAGCCUCGGUCCAUCCUGAAAAGGUGUCAACAAACACUAAAGAGUUAUCUAUAGCCAAAUUUUCCUGGUUUUACCUCUGUAAAGUAUGUCUCCCAGAAGAUGCUGCAAAAUUCAUGCAGUUCCUCCCUCUCUUGGCUGCCAUCAAGGGACAAAACUGGUCUUUUGGCAAGAGUGACACCCAGUGGUGACAUUUUGCAGAUUUUUAGGCAAGUCUAGAACAUAGAACUUAGGGGUAAUCAAUUCUUUCAUCUUUCUCACCCCGAAGUGGGUUCUCUCAUGAAGUUGUUUGAUCAUUACUCUUAGUGGAGCCCUCGGCAGGAUUUUUAUCUCUUCUACCACUCUUCUUUGUUGCGGCCUGCGCAAUCGUCUCGCCAGCAAGAACUUACUUGGACAACAGGAUCCUUCUGCAGCAAGCUUUAUUGCAGUCAAGCGAUGAAAGGAGGAAGACCCCGAGCCCUGAAGUGGCGCUGUUUAUAUAAGCCCUGCUCGCACCAGAGUGGUGUGAGAUGACGUAUCAUUCCCUGAUUGGCUGCUCACCCAUCACCCCAUAUGAUGCCCCGGGCUGGGCUCGUGACUUGGCACGCUAUUGCCAAACGGUCAUGCGCUCUAGGACUUGUUUACCAGUUUUGAGGGCGGAAGCCAGCGCCAUGGCGACCAAACCCCGGCUCUCCACACUUCUUUAAGAUAAUCUUUGCGUAGAAGUCGGUAGGCCUCUUCAUCUUCCUAAAAGUAAGUUGGAGCUUCAGGCAAGACUGAGUCAGGCAAAGAUAUCGAUGGAAGCAUGGGUAGUUGCUUCAUUUUUCCCUAGCUGCUGUAUCUGCCCUACAAUCCCCUGAGGCCGCUGGUGACUAUCCUUUUUGGUGGCUGAUACUCUGUAUCCCAACUCUUGUAAAGUUUCUAGGAGGGCCUCAAGUUGCUGCCAUGUCUUUGGUGGCUAAGAGGUAGAUCAUGUAGUACUGAAUAGUAUAUAAUAGACAGGUUUUUUAGGCAGCCAUGUGCUGUUAAGAGGUCUAGGAUCUCCUGUUUAUUUUUUAAGUCUUUCUUUCUGCUUUUCCUUCUAGUCACAUCUCACUGUAUAUUACCCCAUGCAGUGGCAAAUGCCUAUCAGCCAACAGUGUAAAUAUUAACCACCUUGUCCUUGUCUAGACUGAGAGCUUAUGUGAGCUAUCGGCUCUGCAUUCUGGCCCAAUAUCCUGCUUGGGAGGGGAGAUGCCCACAAUGUUUGAUUCAGUUCUGCCACUGCUGCCCCUGCAUACCUUGUCCUGUCUUUCAUAAAGCUGCUUCCAUCGGUGUACAUGCUAAGGUCUGCACUGGGCCAUGGACUGGCAGUCGGUCCUGCCAGGUUUUAUGUACAAGCAGUCAUGGGUUGGUGGGUUGUCCAAAUCUAGGUUGGGUAGCAGGGUGACAAGAUGAGCUAGGGGCAAAGGACACUCAGGGAUGGUUCAAUAAUUGGGGCUGAUAGUGCAUGAGCUGAGCGUUUGAGAUCCACUAUUCCAUAGGCUCUUGCGAACGCUUUCUACAGCAUGGGCCAUUGUGAUGGUCAGGAGUUGUCCCAAAGUCAGUUUGUCAGCAUCCUUGACCAUCACGGCAGUGGCCACUAUGAUUCUCAGAUAAUUCGGCCAACCUGCUGCCACAAUGUUUUAGAUGACUAGGCCACUGAACUUUGCCAGGGUCCCAAAUUUUGUGUCAUCCCCCCCUUUGGCAAUGCCUUGGCUCUUGUCCACAAACAAAUGGGAAGGCUUAGUCACAUCAGGCAAAGCCUGAUGGGCUGGUGUAGACAGCAAUGCCAAUUUUAAGUCAUUAAAGACUUCCUUAGUCUCCUUGUUCCAUUUAAAAGUCUCCUCCUGUCCUCUAAUGGCCUCAUAAAGUAGCAAAACUGGGAAUACAAAGUCCCUAAAAGCCUGCCCAUCCCUAAAAACUCAUAUACUUGCUGUCAUUUCUUCUGGAUGCCCAGGAUGGUAUUUUGUUGUUGUUUUUGUUUUGGAGACAGGGUUUCUCUCUGUAGCCUUGCUGUCCUGGACUCGCUUUGUAGACAGGCUGGCCUCAAACUCACAAAGAUCCACCUGCCUUUGCAAGCUAGGGAUAGACUUCUGUGACCCCAAGUUUGAAGCCCAAAUAAGUGACUUCAGUCACUCAGGCUUGUGCUUCUUUGGCUGAUACUCUCUACCCCAACUCUUGUAAAGUUUCUAGGAGUGCCUCAAGUUGCUGCCAUGUCUUUGGUGGCUAAGAGGUAGAGCAUCUAGUAUUGAAGCAAAGUGAGUGACAUUUGGUGUGUUUCCACUGUACACACUUAGGUCUUGGUGGAGGGCCUCACUAAAGAUAGUGGGUGAAUUUUUAAAUCCUUGUGGCAGCCUCCUCCAGGUCAGUUGUCCAUUGAAUACAUUCUCCAAAUCAUUCCAUUCAAAUGCAAAUAUCAGUUGUCUCUUGUCUAAAGGAAUGCUGAAGAAAGCAUAUUUGGAUCUAAUACAAUAUAGAGUUCUCUAUCAGGAGGCAAGAAACUCAGAAGUGUAUAUGGGUUUGGAAGAGUCAAGUGUGUUAUGUUCCAGCCUUUUGUUUACCUCCCUCAGGUCCUGCACCUGCCUAUAGACUUUGCCCCAGGUUUCUUGACUGGCAACAGUGAUGUGUUCUGUAGGAAACAGCAUGGUCCCAGAGCUGUUUGGUGUGCUGCCUGAUGCCCUGGAGGGCUUCUUUUUUUUUUUUUUUUUUUUUUUUUUUUUUUUUUCCUGGAGGGCUUCUGAUGAUAGAAAGUAUUGCCUUAUGGAGUGGCCAUAGCCUUCAGAGUCACUACCACAGGAGGUAGGCCAGGCCAGGGAGGUUUUUUCCUGCCCAUCCUCAUGUUACAUCUGCCAUGUACCACGAGGAUAGAUGCGGCACUAUUCCUUGUUUGCCCAUAUUCAGGCAGUAUUCCUCUUACAAAAAGGAUGAACGCCAGAAUGGGGUCUGAUCGGACUAUCAUCAACUUUAUUGUCUUCAUCAUAUUCAUCUUCAAUUUCUGGAGUUGCUUCUUGUUCCUCUUCAUAAGGUACAGUAUGGCGCCUCCAAACUUUGCCAGCUGUUCUGCACCUAUGUCUUUUUCAGCUGGAGUUGCUUCCUGCUCCUCUUCAGGCUUAGUGUGGCCAUUGGCUAAUUUGCUCUUGCAUCUUUUAUUGGCUGGGGCUGCUUCCUGUUCCUCUUCAGAAGGUGCAGUGUGGCCAUUCUGACAUUUGUGUACUGUGAUUAAAUUUUGAGUUGGUUUUUUUUUUUUCAGCUGGGCCUGCUUCCUAUUCUCUUAAGAAGGUACACUGUGCUAUUCUGACAUUUGUAUGUUAUGAGUUACUCCUGAGCCUUUUCUCAGGUGGAGCUGCUUCCUGUUCCUCUUCAGAAGGUACAGUGUAGCCAUUCUGACAUUUGUGAGAUGAUUUGCUCCAUAGUCUUUGUAAUGCUCAUUUUUAAACUCUUACUUUAUUUGGGGUGUUUACACCUCUACCUCCUUUCCAGCAGCACCCCCCCAACCCUAGGUAGCAGAGAGGUUGGUUGGGAGAGAGGGCACAGACCCAUUUACUUCCCCUGGCUGUUUAGAGUCAUUGAGUCUUUGGGGGAUAUACUUAUCUGUCAACAGCAAUUGCAGCCUUCUCCAAGCUGCUGUGCCCAACUCAUUUCUCUCCAUCUAUCUGCUCCAGACCAACAUACUGUCAGUUUUUCUGGUCUCUCCAAAUGCUACAUGCCACAUGCCACAUGCCAACACUGCACACCACACCGUCUCUUUCUGGGCUCUCAUUUAUAGCCUUAGAGCCCUAGACCAGGCCCCUCUUGGUGCAACAUGUGGCAGGCCAUUACCAGCUGGCAAAAGCCAUGCCCCACAUGAGACAAUUAACAGCUAUGGAUAAACUAAAGCUUAACCUAAAAUCUCACACUUGGGAUUAAAACAUAUUUAUAUAACAUAACUGAGUUUACAAAGAAACCAAAAUUUCCAUUGCAAUCUUUUCUCAGCUGGACCUGCUUCCUGUUCCUCUUCAGAAGUAUGCAUGUGGCCAUUGUGACAUUUAUGUGCUGUGAUUGCAUCCUCUUUUCUCAGAUGGGGCUCCUUCCUGUUUAGAGGGUGUAGUGUGGCCUUCCUGAGCUUUGUGUACUAUUCUGUGCCUGCAUCAUUUCUCAGCUGGAGAUUCUUCAUUUUCCAGAGUUUUUCUUCCUUAUUUCCAAGGUCUAGUCAUAGCUCUGCUCUUUAGCAUCUUUUCAGCAGUUGUCAAUUCUCCUCUGUGAUUAUCCUGCUUUAGGAAUUGAAACACAGCCUUGCCCUCAAUGGCACAAUCCACACAGGCCUUCAGUCUGCUGGAGAAUCACAUUCAAAGGUCCUAGGCCGAAGUAGUCAGAAAGGUGCUAACUUUCUGUGGAUCCAGGUAGGGGCCACAAUCUCAAUGUUUCUUUCUUUAUACAGAGACUUCAUUCGCUUUUGUCCAAUGGCAUCCUCUUCUGCUUUCCCUCUCCCCACCAAGGGCCACAUCCGUCUCUUCGUUUCUCCUGGUGAAAUGCAUAAGUAAAAAUGGGUGUUUAUAACUGCCUUAUUUACUUUGGGCUGGGCAGAUAAUCCACCUACACUGUUUCAACAACCUCACCAUCCAUCUUCCAGCCCCCAUCCGAUUUACUUCCCCUGGCUGUUUAGAGUCAUUGAGUCUUUACCAUCCACCUUAACCAUCCUUAUCUAGGCUAUCUUCCAUCCAUUAUCUUAUGAAUACUUGCAUAUGUUUGGUGGUUUUUUCCACGCCAUCCUUGGAGUGUUUCCUCCUGACCCACGUGGUUUCUUCUCCAUGCUAACCCAUUGUGUUCUCCUCCCUUCUCUCUUCCCCAUCUGUUUCCCAUGAUUCUCUUGAACCCAAAGCCCGGGAACCUUAGCCAUGCCUACCCCAUUCUGUCCUGCCCAGAUUUUAGGCCUUUAAUCAAUCAGGUGAAAUGUCUUAGGCAGGUUUAUACAACAAGGAUAGGUUUAUCCAAGCAGUAACCAGAUCUUGAGGGCAAGUAAUUGGUUGGCAUCAAAAUACAAGAAAGUAACAGACCAACCCCCAACACAUGGCCUCACUUUCUAAAGACUAUUCAUGACCAGUUAGAUAUUAUUUGAUACAGGUUUUCUCCAGGUCUGAACUCCUUCCAAACCCUUUCCAGCACUAAUCUGAUCCUUAAGGGUCUGAGUACGGCAGGCUAGGCUCUUCCGGCCAAUGCCAACAAAGCUGCCUUGGUCGCCUCCACACUGAGGCUACAGAGAAUCUGAGGCCACACCUACCUUUUGCAGUUGUCUCAUCAGCAGACCCCUCUCCUUCCUGGUUGGCUGGAAUGUGCUGUAGGGGACGUAGCAGUCUGUUAUUGCAUAGAAGUGAGCUAGGAUUUUUGUUUUGUUGCCCUUCUUGAAACGGGGUCUUGUUGUAUAGUCCCUGGCUGGUCUGGGACUCAUUACGUAGCCCAUGGUGGUCUCAAACUGGCAGAGAUCUGCCUACCUCUACCUCUUGAGUGCUGGGAUUAAAGGCCAGUGUCACCAUAGAACUAAAGUUCUAAAGAGUGGGACUCCAACUACAAGGUCUCUGUAAAGAAUUUUUUUAUCAUUAAAAAAAAAACCUCUUUUUCCCAGGCCCUGUCCUGCUCCUUUUCCUUUGUUAAAUACAAUGUGGUUAACAGAUAUAGUUUAAAAUAUUACCAAAGCCAGCUAUGGGCACACAUGCCUGAUCCUACCACUUCAGACUUAAGGGAAGAUCACUGACCUGGGCAUCAGCCUGAGCUACAGUGUGAAACUGCCUUAAAAAAAUACUACCUUAAAAAAAAGCUACCUUUCAGAUAGAGCAAACUUAGAGCCAGAGGGAUGAAGUCAGUAGAUAUAGCAGGGGUAAGGACCAGAGAUCACAUGCCCAUGUGAUCAUUUAUCUGAUCCGUGUAAGUCCUACCAGGCAUGGUAGCCACCUACAGUCUUGGCCUGGAGCAGGUAGAGGAGGUUAUAUCUGUAACUAGGUCCCUACCUAGACUAGCAAAAUUGAAUCAUUCCAGGCCCAGCAAGAGGCCCUUCUUUGAUAAAGAACAAUCAGGAGAAUGUGGUCAGCCUCAGGCCUCUAGGCACAUCAUGAGCAUAUGUGUAUUCCUGUGUUUGCCUCCCCUAUUGUAAGUAGUGAUUAAUAUUUACUAUUGAUGUAUCGUCUAGUAAUCCUGCUGUUAGUCUUAAACAGCUGUAUAACCAAAUCACCACACAGAGACUAGGUUUAUUUAGUUAACCUAGAACACAAUGCUGGGCAAUAGUUACUCCCUCCUAAACCUCCAAGCCCUCAUAGUUUUCUAACAUUUAGAUUUCCCACAUUAUACUUGCUUUUAGUGAUACAUUAAGUCCAGUCCAUCUCCACAUAGUUCUAAGAUCUCUCCUCCAGCUCUGCUCCUAGCUCUUCUCUCACCCUUUCUCCUCCCACUCAUUUCCUGCCCUCUAGCUCCUCCCCUUUCCUGUCCUCUGGCUCCUCCCAGCUCAACAUUGUAUCUAGAUGCUUUAUUUGGAAGUUUACACCAAGUUGAGGCAGGAUGCUUAGAAUAAGUAUCACAAUGCAAUGUCCGGACUGAAACCAGAGAGUGGGGGGGGGGUAGGGAGCCCAGAAAUCAGCAUUUGAAUGAACAAGGGUAAGGUGUAUACAUUUCAAAAGAACAUACCAACACUCCCCCAAAACGCACGCAAAAAAUGAAGAAAUAAUACCUUAACCAUUGUAAACAAAAAGGUACUACCUGUUUUAGAAAUGGGAAAAAAUAUCCAGACCUUGUAAAAUAAUUUGAAAUUUUCUUGUAGCUUUUUCAUCAGUUAUAUGGAGUACCUAUAGAUGCAAAUGCAAAAAGCAUGACUGCAUUUUUCUGUGUAAUAGUCUUCCAAAAGACAGACGUAUGCAUUAGGACAGGAUUAAAUACCCAUGUGGAUGACCAGUACUUUCAUAGGUAUUAUAGUCUAGGCUUUGAGAAUACAUUUACAUGGUAACUUAAAAUGUAUGAUCAUCAUGAAACAAGGUGGCCACUUGAGCAGUUAGACAAGACUCUAAGGACAGUUGUUUUAAAUGAUUAUGUGUUCGCAGUAUCUGCUUACAAAUAUUUUCACAGAAACUCAUGUUCUUCAAAUUAUCCUUGAUAUGUAGUUUGACUUAAAUGGUUGACAAUCUGUAAAAUAUUUAGUGUCCUCUAAUUUCAGUUAAAGAGUUUGUAAAAGUCCUCAUGUGCAUGUGUGUGUUUCUAUAGCCCAAAACAAUGAAGUCUGUGGCUUACAGCUGAUACCUAGCUAAUACCAUCUAGCAUAACAGUUUUGCCUGUUAAACCUGUUGCCACUAUCUGGGAGCAGUGGAGAGUGCUCCUUAGACAGUUUGAACUUAAUGGAUGACCUUUUUUGCUUCAGAUAAAUGUUUAGGAAGCAGAAUGACUCAGUAACUUUAAUCUGCAGCUACCUUAAGAAUUCCCUUGAAUGCUGCAGUUGAUUUCAGAGGAAACUCCUGAAAGGAAGGACAUCAAGAAAGGAAGCUAGUGGGUCACUACUGAUUGUAAUCCUAACACUCUCUUUUGUUGCAAGAACAAGUAAAUAACUAGUUUAAUUCAGUGGCAGGGACUAAAGAACUUGCACAAAAUUAGCAACGCCAUCCUUUUUUGUUGGAAAAUUAGUGUAUACUAAUCUACAACACAAAAAGAUUAACAUGAGAUUAAAGGUGAGUGGUACCUGCCCCUUAUGUUAGUCUUUGCCCUCCUACCUUUCCCCUCUACGGUUUCGCAUUAGCCUGGUAGUUUGGGUACUGGAACAUUUAAAAAGACUAGUAAACACCCUUUUUAUUUUGUACCUCUGACUUUGGUUUGUGCUUUUCUUCUCUACAUAGUGUGCAUUUGAGUGUAUCUUUCAAAACACAAUUAUAAAACACUCUGUGCUAUGGUUUUCAUAUUUAACAUCUCCCAUAUUUUAUUUUGAUUUUUUACCUCUAUGACAAAGGCUAAUUCCCUUGCUAACUUUUUUUAUUUUAGAGUCAAGAAAGAGAACUCAUUUUCAGUGUUAUGUGACAAUCUGUUUUAAUUAAAACGUGGCAAAUAUAAAUAGUACAUAUUUUUCAGAUAAUGGCAGACUUGAACACUGUAUUGUGAGCAUAGUUGCAAGCAAAUGGACAAACCUGCUUUCAGUAACCUGGAGUUUGUAUUGAAGUUGAAAGUUGUAAGAGAAGUAAUGUCUUAAAGAAAUGUGUAUGUUUUCUAUGUUAAGUUCAACAUUCCAGAGCAUGAGAUACUUACUUUUAUUCAUGUAAUAAAGUUGUAUGCAAAUACAGUUUAUGUGUUUAUAAAAUGCGUUAUAAUAAUGAGUCUAGGAAUGCCCUCUUCAAAACAAAUAUUUAUAAUGGUAGUGUUUGAAAUAUUGUGCACAUAGGUACUUUAUAGCAACUCAAACAAAUCUGACUUUGUAUUUUUUAACAUUAAGCAUGUGUGUUAUUCAUUUUUGAUAAGGAGUACAUAUCUUAGAGAUGUGUGGGUUUAUCACUUACUGAGAGUUUGCUGAGCUCGGCAUUCUCUACAGGCAUGUUACAAGUAAUGUUGUAUGACUUGUUUUGACCUCACAGUAAUAAAUCGUUCCUUCAGAA